CCAAUCUUACCUACAUUCACACAAACCUCUACACUCAAGUCUCUCACUAUAAAAGGUUCCAUUUAUAUUUAUAUUUCAAUUCUCAAGACUCACGAACAAACCACCAAAAAAAAAGAAAAUCCCAUAUAAACGGGUAUUCAUCUUGGAGACUCGAUUAUUCGAUAUUUUUAUUUUUGUUAUUAUAAUUCUGUUUAUAAGAGAGAAAUCUUUCAGUCAACAAAAUCAAUAUAAUUGAUAUAAGAAAUCCACGAUUUUUUUCUGAAUGUCAAGACCUUUGAAUUCCCAGUCUUUUAUCAGAGAAGACUCCUCAACCAUCACUAGUCUUGAAGAAUGCGGACGGCAAGAAGUCAAGGAAUUUUUGGAUUACUGUCAGUUAUCCCAAUAUUUGGAAUGCUUCUUAUCGGAAGGAUUCGAUACUCUUGGAUCCGUGUAUGAGAUUAUGGAAGAAGACAUGAUAGUUAUGGGUGUCAAGCGUGGCCACAGAAGACUUAUCCAAAGAGAGAUUGCAACUGCAAAAGGAAUACCGCUUGACCAACCGCUUAUAAUCAACUCCAUUAAGACCCGUCAUCCCAUAGGUUACACAGUAAAUCGAAACUCUUCAUCUAAGAUGGUUCUAGAUGGUUCUAUAGGCUCAAUUCUCAAACCAAACCUGCCUGUUAAAGUGGAAUUGAAUAACGAAAAUACCAGCAGUUCAAGUUCUUCGUCAAAUAUCAAUAGUGGAUAUGGAUCAAUGUCUUCUACUCAAAAAUCACGUAUGCCGAAUAUGAUGAUUUCGCAAGAAAAUAUGAUCGAGGAUGACGGACCUUCCAAACGGGCUCAUGAUUCAUUACCCCGCGUUUCCGAUCCUACGCGAGGAAGCAGUGUCUCUUCAAAUGAUGAGGACUCGACAUGUGCCGGCGAUUCUCAGCCUCCAAAGCGUACAUACCGCAGACACCCUCGCCAGGACAAGAAUGCUCCCGUAAAACCUCCAUCGGCAUACAUCAUGUUUUCCAAUCAUGCACGCACCGAACUCAAGGAUCAAAAUCUUACCUUUUCUGAACUGGCCAAGAUUGUAGGAGACAGAUGGAAAAAUUUGAGUUUCGCGGAAAAACAAGAGUAUGAACGUACAGCAAUGCGAGCAAAGGACGAAUACUCUGCCCAGUUUGACAGGUAUCGCAGAACCCCGGAGUAUAAGAGCCACCAAGAGUAUCUCAAAGAGUUUAAGAGUGCCCAAUUUGCUGUGAGUCGUAUGGUCAGCCGUACCAGAAAGCGAUCGAAGCCAGAAUCUCCAAACAGUAUGGCAGACUGUAGCUCAAAUGGAGCGAGUAAUGAAAACGGGAGCUCUGCUAGUGG